CCCCUGUGAAGCCGCCUCGUAGCAGCACAUUCAACCGAACGAAAAUACACGACCUCUCACACUAGCUGCCGUUGAAGCGCCCGCGAAGUGCGAACCCUGCAACCCGUAUUGCUAGUAUGCCAUGCAGCGACGGUUUGCUUUUUGUCUUGCUUGCUGCUCUGUGUUUCCCUGACUUGAGCUGUGUUUUGUUAUCACAAUAGCCAUGUGUAUCUAUGGAAAUGUUUAACAGUCUCAGCGCCGUGAUGUCCGCGCAAAACGAGUCCUGAAAGUGCCAAGUUUUUGAGGAUUGUUGGCCUAUGGUCUGCUUGACAUGGCCUGCCCCGGCGCCGGCGCGCUGGACUCUGACACCUUCUACGAGUACAAGAAAUCCCUAGGAGAGGGCACCUAUGGCGGAGUAAUACUGUGCGCCGAGCGGAGCUCAAGGUCACAAUUCUCCUCCGGGGGGCCAGAGCGGUUGUGGGCAGUCAAGGUCUUCAAACAAAAUGAUCAAGUGGGCUGGAAUCUGGCGCUGCGCGAGUUGCGACUUCUACAGAGCCUUGACCACCCGCUCGUCAUCCGCUUGGAGCGUGCCUUUCGUUCGCAGUCGGGGCGCCUGCACGCCGCGUUUCCUUACAUCAGCGGGGGCUGCGGCCAGGACGUGCUGCGCUCAAAGUACGAAUUCGGGCUGCCCCCGCGCAUGCUCAAGUCCUUCGCCUGGCAACUGUGCGUGGCGGUGCGCUACCUGCACGCACAUAAGGUGCUGCACCGCGACAUCAAACCGCCCAACGUGCUGCUUGAUCCAGAUGGCAGCAUCCGCCUCUGCGACUUCGGCUUCGCACGCCGUGUUGAUGACCCGCGUGAUUCCCUAGGUGCUCGCCGUGGGGCUGCGGCAGCUGCCGCCGCUGCGGUGGCUGAAGCCCAGGCGGCAGAUGCAGCAGACGAGCACACGACCGCCGGCGGCUGCGGGGGCGCCGCCGCCAGCAGCACCAGCACUAGUGGCGGCGGGCGGCGGGUGUACGAAUUGCAGUACGAAGACCUAACGAAGUACGUCGUGACACGGGCGUACCGCGCGCCUGAGGUGCUGCUGAGUCAGCCGUACGGCCAGGCAGCAGAUGUGUGGGCGCUGGGCUGUACGCUUGCUGAGAUGGCCACUGGUCGCACACUGCUGCCCGGCACUUCGUCUCUGGACCAGCUCUGGCGCUGCCUCGGCGCGCUGCCAGCUGAGCCCUGGCCCGCUACCGUGGCGGCGGCAGUGGCUGCGCUUGAUCGGCUUGAUCCCGUGCAGCUUGGUGGGUCGCUCACGCAGGAGCAGCUGCGGCCGGUGCGGCUGCCAGGCCGGCCGCUGGCGGCACGGCUGGCGCAUCUCGACACCCAGUUCGUGGAGGUCGUGACGGCGUGCCUGCGGCUUGACCCCGCGACCCGCGCCAGCGCCGACCAGCUGCUGCGCCUGCCGUACUUUGACGAUGUACGGCACGUGAUGGCGGGCAACGACACGCUCGUACGGCUGUACGACAAGGAAAUGACUAGUUUGGCGGCGGUUCCAGGGUCCGCCGGCGGAGCGGCGGCCGCAACAGCGGUAGCUGCGAAGGCGGCGGCGCCAUCAGCUGCGCCCGGGGUGGCUGUGCUGGCCGCGCCGCAUGCCAGCAGCAGCAGUAAUGCGCCGGUGGAGACAGGGACCAGUGCCAGCAGUAGCGGUGACGCCAACCGUGACGUGCCAAUGUGCGACGUGCGCAGCAGCAGUAACGGCGGCGCAGAUCACCGCAUACAGCGGGCAGCUGCGCUAGCACUGGCGGGACGCGCGGCGGCGGCGGCGGCAGGAUGCGUGGCAGGACCCCUUGAUGGGUUGCCAUGCCGAUGGCCGAAGCAGCUCGCGCCAUCAUCCCCACCGGCGGCGGCCGCAGCACCAUCUCCAGCGCCCGCCGCGGGCCUGCUGCAGUCCGGAAGCGUCCCAUCAGCGACCACUACUGUUACGGCUGAUAUCUGCGAGCAGCAGCAGCAGGUGCUGAUGACGCUGACGCUGACGCAGGGGCUGUCGCCUGUCGUGCCACCCACAGCACGUGCUGUGGAGCCAGGUGUCGGGGUUGGGGCAGGUGCCGCAGAUGCAGCAGCUGUGAAGGCUGCUGGCGUGGCGCAAGCGGGGGCCUCGUCAGCAGGUGCAGGUGUGAUCGUGGUGGACACGGUGGCAGCAGAGAUGGCAGUGUCGCCGCCGGCUGCCGUAGCCGGCCGCUGUAUGGCCUCAUCGCUUCCGCUGCUGCGCGCCUACCCGCACGAACACUCGGCGAUCGCGCCGCAGCAAGGGCAGCAGCGGCAUCAACACCAUGGCUCAGCCGGGCUUCGGCCGCCGCCGGGCACGGCUGCAGGCGGGGCACAGCCGGCCGCUAGGAGUGCUGCAGUGCUGCACAGGGGCGUGUGCAGCGGCCCUGCUGUAGCCGAAAGCAACCAGCAGCAUCCCGGGCCGACAACAUUCCACAACUUCCAACCGCAAGGCAACCAACCGAUGAACAGCCAACCGCAGCCGUACAACGACCACGUGCUGGCGUGCGGCACGGGCGACGUCGGUGCCGCGCCGCCGCCAUUGGCGCUCCAACAGGCGCAGUACGCGCAGUACGCACAGCAGCAACCGCACGCUGCUGCACAACAAAGCUGCCCGCAGCACUUGUUGCCUGUGCCCCAAAGCCUGGCGUACGUGCACGAGCUCAGCGGCGGUGCCAUAGCAGGCAGCAGCGGCCAUGCCCAGCAGGCCUGGAAGCCAGCAGCUGCAGCAGCCGCGGGCAACGAGAUCCACCCACUGGUCGCAGAGACGGCCGGCUAUGCAGUGGCUAUUGAAGAUGAUGCUGGCAAGAGGCAGCAUGCGCUCAGUGGCGGCGUUCAGCCCCCGCAGCACCAGCACCCGCACACAGCCAUGCACUGGGGCCUGGUCGAGGGGCCACCGCCGACCGCAGCUGAAGCGCGCUCAGACGUAGACGCCGCCGCCUAUACUGCCACUGGCGCUGCUGCCGCCAAAAGCGGCGCCGCCGGCCGCCCCGGCGCCAACGACCUGGAUAUGGCUGCAGUGGUGGCGGCGGUGGGCGCGGACCCUGUUUCCAGCAACAGCAGCAAUACGCAGUCGCUGCCGUCAUCGCCGUACACUACACUGACUCGCGACAGCGACACAAUGCGGGUUGUGGACAUGUGGGACGACCGAAGUGCCGUGCUGCACCUAUCUUCCAACGGCUCCUGUCUACUUGGCUACGACGGGGGCGCCUCACCGCCGCCCUCGGCCGCGGCCCCAGCGGCACGGCGGCACCGGGGCACACUCUCGCCAGCCGCGACGCCGGACGCCGCCGCCGCCUCAACAACUUCGGGAGCGAACACAUGCGCGCCAGCCCAACCGUCCACCGUUGUUGCAACCUGCAGCAGCAGCAGUGCAGGACGCGUGCUGCCGGCUCCCAAAGCCUCUGCGGGCGGCCAACAGGCGGGCCCCGGUGUUCCAGCAGUUGGCGUCGUGCUGAUGGGUGCUCACGCCACAAUGGGACCCGUCGUACACCCGUUGGGCCUAGGGAAGCAACAGCCGCCGUUGCAGCAGAGGCAGCUGCAGCAGCCGCAGUUGCUGCCACAGUGUCAGAUCGAGGCACCGCAGCCUCUGCAGCCCCGGCCGGCCGCGCAGCGCUCCCAAGGGCCCGCGAUCAGCGGAAAGGUCACCAUGCCAACAUGGCUUCCCAUUGCCCCGCCAGCGCACGUGGCUGCCGUGUGUGCGUUGCGUGACAGCCGCACCGAGGGCGUGGCUGGCGCUGCCAGUAAGGGGGCUGCCGCCGGCGCAGAGGGUGCGGCAGGGCCGGCAGUAGCCACAGAGCCGCUGCCAGUGCGCAUUCCCAGCAACGCGGCAGCUGCGAUGUCCGGCGCUGCCCAUUUGCCGACCUGCAGCAGCACGUCACGUGGUUCCGCCACGGUUGACAGUCAUGGCUCAUGCGGCCGCACGCCAAGCAGCAACGACGCUGUCAGCAGGUACGCCACAGCCGUGGUGGCGGCUGCAGCAAUAAAGAUGCCAGCAGGGUGCGCAGUGACGGCUGUAGCAUCCGGGCCCGCAUCAGCGUCAGUAGCAGCGGCAGCAGCAGCCAGCGGUGAGCGCGGCUCGGCCCAGACUGUGGCGCGGCUGGGGUUUGCGUACGGCGGCUGCGGUGCAGCAACUGGAUUAAUCCGCAGCGAGUGCACGAGCAUGUACGGGUCCAUGCACGGUAGCAUUGGAUCCUACACGACCGAUGAUGCCUCCCUGCAUUGUACGGCAGCAGCGGUGGCGGUUGCCGGUGGCGGUUACUGGAAACCGGCAGCGGCGGCGGGUUUCGCGCCAACAGCCGGCCGUGCGUCGUCUGGGCAGCAGCCUCAGCAGCCGCAGCCGCAGCCGAGUAUGGCUGCAACAGCGGCCUCGAGCCUUACCCGCGGCCCUGCCGGCAUCGCAACUGCUGCUGCGGGCGGCGGACAUCUGUCCAUGCUGAUGUCAUCGCAUCGCCACUCCAAGCGGCUGUUCGGAAAGCACUGCAGUGGAGGCAGCAGCUGCCCGGACUCGAGCGAUGGCCGGGCAGAGUUCGCAUUCUGGCGAGCAGGCCAAGUGGCGGCUGCCGCCACGGCCGCGGCUGCCGCCUCUGCAGCAGAGGCCGCCGCACCUGCAGCGGCGGCGGGCGUAGCAGGCGAAGCGACGGCGGCGGCAGCUGGGGGCCAUGCAGAUCAGCUGGCUCUCACUACCAGUGCUGAAGCGGUGAUUGCAGCCGCGGCCGCAUAUAUUAAAGGAGACGGCAGCAGCGGCGGUGGCAGGAGCGGGGCCGCGCGCAGCAAAGACGGCGGCUGUGGCAGUGGCGCCACAGCUCUGCCGGACACCCGCAGGUGCGACGCCGCCGUGCCUGCGAGCCACGAUGACACGAGCGGCGGCGGCAAGCGGGCUCCGACGGUAGUGUACCAACAGCAGGGCGCAUCCAGCCGUGGGGAAGCAGCAACGGCACAGCAGCCAUUGCCGUGUGUGAACGGCAGCAGCGGCCGUGCAGGUCAUCAGGGAAGCCCCAGCGGCGCCAAGGCAGCGGCAGCGCGGGCCCCUGAUAAGGCUCCUGGGGCUCUGCGGUUGUGGCUGAGGCGGUUUUUGUCCUGCACACGCGCAACCGCCGACGCAAAUGGGGCAGCACUGAUCCAGGGUUCAUGAAACGUGCAUCAGGUCUCAUGAUGAUAGUCAAUUGGUCACAGGAGAGGUUGAGCUGAACCACGGUUGCUACAGGCAUAUGCAGGUAUCCGGUAAGCCGGCUGCUGGCGGGGACACAAGGCGAGGCGAGGCGAGUGCCACUGCUGGAGUGCGGGGUCUUGCUGCUGCAAUGCCAUCCUUUCUAGCUCAUGCUUGGCCGGGGGCUUGACAGGGUUGUGCGCACCAUGAAUGUGGUAUUCGUCUGCAUUAGUGCUCGUUAUGUGCAUUAUCUAGCUGACGUCUGCGCGCAUUGAACCUCCAUACGCAUAGGCAAUUGAACCUCUGCACAUUCCUAAAAUAUGGCCUUGUUGUCGUGUGCCGAUUACAUUUUGCAUGGCAUCUCGGCUACCGUGCAGACGUGUGCAGGCAGAGCUACAUCUAAGUUGUCGACCGUUUUCCCAUCACCUAUGUGUGUGGGCUGCGUGCGUGCUGUGCAUUUUUUGUCAAGGUCAUCGCCACGCCCCAGCCUUAACUUGCUAGUUGACUGGCGGGCUUGCGGCUUUAAGCGACUCCAUCAACAGAAGCGCCAGCCGCUGCAAGCCGAGGCCGGUGCCGGUUUGGAGAGGGUUGAGAGGUGUGGUCCGUGCGAGAUGGUCAGUUGGGCGUAUCAGCCAUUCAUUUUUGCUUGUCCUGGGACCGUGCUACGUGUUGAUGGACGUGCUAAACCAUCAGGUCUUCUGCUCUCUUCUCCUCAAAGGAAAGGAGGACCUCGCUCGGGCAGGCCGUGGCGGCGUGACGGGGUACCUACGGGUGCCUGUUGGUAUGCGGAGCGCUGGUGUUGCUGCGGGUGAUUGAGUGCCUGCUUGCACCAGCACAUUCUGGCUCAUACGCCCACAAAACGAUGCAUGGCGGCAGGAGUACGACGCUCAUCAAGCAUGACGGCACCACGUCUACAUGGGACUGCAGUGCCUAACUUGAUGCGAGUAGUACACAGAGUCCAUUCGUUCGCAAAGCGUGUAUUUCACUGUGCUGUCAGACAAGGAAAUGGGGAGUAGCCCGGAAUGUGUCAGCGGGCAAGGAAAGGAGGGAUGUGCGGGUUGGUGGUGGAAGGCGGCUACCGUCAAAGGCCGCCACCAGCAAAUGAGAGCAAGUAGGGUACGCAUGUGUACCUCUAUUACUUACGAGCGGAGCCGCGUCACACAGUUGCCACGACAUGUGGAAGCAGUCUGACUUUUUUCAGGUGUGUAGCCCGAGGCGUGCCCUUGUUAUCACCGAACGUGUAGAUUUGUGGGCGCGGGUACGAUUGUGAUUGGUACACUGCGGCCGACACAAUUGACUGCUGUACAGUGUACGUCAUCGCUUCUCGCGUGUUUAGCUGCGUGCGAGCAGGCUGGGCGUGCCGUGCGACUCUACAGUUACUACUCUCGAAUCGUGAGCUUUACUGGCGAGAGCAGGGCACUUCUCGAAGGCUGUGCGUUUUGUGCUGCAGUGCCACUCACGGCAGUCUACUUAGCAUAUGGAUCAAGGCAGUUGCAUACGCAUAGUGCUACGAGUGCUGCAUUGGGGGCCCUGCUGUUAGCUCGGGUCCAUUUUUUGGCUUGGUUUCAACACUACAAGACUGUUCAUCCACAGGACUGUUCACAUUGGGCACUGGGUCCUGCGGCCCGGGCUGCGUUUUUCCAGCGGUCCCGCCGGGCACAUUUUUGUCGUGGCGGUGGGUUACGCGGGCAAGCAUAGCAUGGUACCGGUAGAGGCAGCCGGGGAUGGGUGUUUAUUACAGCGGUGGGUCCAGGAGUGUUGAGGGGCGCAGAACGGCUACUGUUCUGACGUGUGUGGUGGAGCUCGCUCGACAAUUUCAUGGCUCUUUGUCCAUGAGACUGUUUGCCGCACGGCCACAUGCAUUGCACACACCAAGGUCUGCAGCUUAAGCGCGAGCUAGAAUUGUUAGUUCCGGCGGCCACUGUUGGAUGGGAGGCGUGUGUUAUUACUUCAUUUUUAGGGAUUGAUAUACGAGUAUAGAGCAGCUGAAGACCUGAAGUGACAAGGCAAACAACUACCAAAGGUUACCAGCGCAGGCGGGUCGUGGAGGCAGAAGAACUGUAACCGCGGUCUUGGCAGUGCUCCCUAGGCGGUGCGACCGUGCCACGGUGACUGCGCAUGGUACCGUAUCAUUGUGCGUGUUUGAUUGGUGUACAAACUGUGCGUCCCUCACAUGGGCACGGGCAACAGCAUUCUGGUCUCUGUUGCAUCCGAACACGGAAGGCGGGCUCUCCCUCUCAAGGGGCUAAGUGGGCUGUGCCGCCAUGCCACGUUGGGUGCAAUGUCUGAGGCCGAAGGUUUCGAAACUACCUCAUCUUCCCCGCCAUCUUUCUCCUAUAGCCGGGGUCGGUUUGUACAGGCACCGCCCGCCAUGCGUCCAGCCUCGUCCUACUGUCAAGCACAAGCAUAGCACGUCGAUAGCCGGCAACAAACCGAAAAGUAAUGAAUCCCCAAAACCAACGUACGCCACGCCACGC